GGUUGUGCUAGUUGAAAGAUCAGUUCAUAACUAUGCCGACAUACUUUACAACAAAUCGUCAUGGCUAUGGCGUGAGAUUUUCUCGAUUUUCAGCUGACCGACUUUUUGUUGCGUCAUCACAAUAUUUUGGUUUGGCAGGUGCAGGAACAUUGUAUGUUUUAGACUUUUCAGACGAUGACGAUAAUUUCAAAGAAGUUAAACAAUUUCAUUGGAGUGACGGACUCUUUGAUCUUAUCUCAUCGGAGAAAGAUCCAAAUAUUGUGAUUUCAGUGUCUGGUGAUGGAACAUUGCAGUUGUGGAAUAUGGAAUCAAUUAAUGAUGACUCGCCGUUAUCAAAUUUACCUCAAAUGAUUUAUAAGGAGCAUAAGAAGGAAGUAUAUAGCAUCGAUUGGUUGAGUGUAAGAAGUGACAAUUAUAUUCUUAGUUCCAGUUGGGAUUUAAGUAUUAAGUUAUGGGAUCCAAAUUUCACAACAUCGCUCUGUACCUACAAUGGACACUCAAAAAUCGUUUACAAUGCUGUGUUCUCACCUCUCAUACCAAACACAUUUGCGUCAGUGUCUGCUGAUGGUUAUUUAAAAAUUUGGAAUGUUUUUAAUAAAGACAAGCCAAUUGCUAGUUUAAAGUCUCACGAUGGUGAGGUUUUGUCAUGUGAUUGGUGUAAAUUUGAUCAAAAUAUUUUAGCUACAGGUUCUAGUGAUGGAUUGAUUAGGGGCUAUGAUAUGAGACAUUUUGGGGUGCCCAUGUUUGAGUUGAAAGGAUGUGAUUUUGCAGUUAGGAAAAUUCAAUUUUCACCUUUUGAACUUAGUACGAUAGCUUCCGUUGGAUAUGAUUGCUAUACAAGGAUAUGGGACUUUAAUAGAACAAAUGAGCCACUCGAGUCAAUAAAACAUCACACAGAUUUUGGAUAUGGAUUAGAUUGGAGUAGAUUAAAGAGAAAUCAACUUGCUGAUUGCGGUUGGGACUCAUUAGUGCAUGUAUUUUAUCCAAGUUGCUUAGAAACUUAAUUUAAUUGCUUUUUGCAUGCUCGUUUAUUGUGAUAUUAAAGAAUUUAUGGUAGUUAAAUAAAUUAUAUCGAUC